AUGGCAUAUGGGCAUGUCUUCAGACCGGCCACGCGUCUUACCAUCGCUCUCUUUGGAGCGGACGUGCGCGGCGGAUCUCUCCAAGCUUCUCUGCAGGUUGGAGCCUUGAGAAAAGAGAGCAGCGAGCAGCAGAGCAAGAGGAAAGGAGGGGACGACGAAGUCCUUGCUCGGCUGCGGGCGCAUGGCGAGGCAUGCCCUGUUGCGAAGAUGCUCGAACCUGCCACCGCACCAGCCGCAUCACGUCAUCGGAGCGUCACUGGCGCUCCGAGGGCGCUGCUGGGACAUGUAGGCCUGCGCCUGGCCUGGGAAUCGAGAACCGAAGUCCCCUGCCGAUCUCCCACCAUCCCCUGA